UCCGGCCCCGCUAGCCUGUGCUAACCUGAUGUCGCCAUACGCGUAACGUGGUAUAUAACACAGGAACUGGAUGCUAGGCGGCUUUGACCGGAGACACUCGAAGACCUGCCGUCCCCCCUCCGCGGUAGAAACAUGUCGCUGAGCCGAGUGGAGAAGCUCCAGGUGUGGCUCUUCAGGACGCUCAUGGGAGCCCUCUUCGCGCUGUUCCGGCUCAUGUCCACUCGACGUCCCGCUGUGUCCGGGACGAAGCUCCCGCCCGUCAGCAACCCGCUGCUGCUGGUGUCGGCGAGCCAGCUCGCCAAGAAGAUCCGGCGGAAGGAGGUGUCAAGUGUGGAGGUGGUGCAGGCUUACAUUGACAGGAUCCAGGAAGUCAACCCCCUUCUGAACGCUGUCGUGAAAGACAGGUUUGACGCCGCCCUCCAGGAGGCGGCUCAGGUCGACAAGCUGAUCGAGGAGGAGACCGGGGGAGAGGAGGUGCUGGAGGACCGGCUGCCUUUACUGGGAGUCCCCCUGUCAGUCAAAGAGUCCUACGCCCUCCAGGGCAUGCCCUUCACGACGGGCGCGUUCUCCAGGCGAGGAGUCGUGGCCACUGUCGACGCCCCUCCGGUGGCCCUGCUGAAGAGGGCGGGCGCCAUCCCCCUGGGCGUCACCAACACCAGCGAGCUGUGCAUGUGGCUGGAGUCCCACAACCACCUGUACGGCAUCACCAACAACCCGUACGACCUGGAGAGGAUACCGGGAGGAAGCUCAGGCGGGGAGGCCAGCAUACUGGCAGGAGCAGGCUCGGUCAUCGGCGUGGGCUCGGACAUCGGCGGCAGCAUCCGCAUUCCCUCCUUCUUCUGCGGAAUAUUCGGCCAUAAAACCACUCCAGGCGUCGUGUCCCACGAGAACCAGCACCCUACCUGCAGUGGCAGACAGGAGGAGUUCAUCAGCUGUGGUCCCAUGUGCCGCUACGCCGGCGACCUGCUGCCCAUGCUCAAGAUCAUGGCGGGCCCCAACGCUCACAUGUUGUCCUUAAACACGAAGGUUGACCUGAAGAAGCUGCGGUUCUUCACCAUCCCCCACAAUGGCCCCUCUCUCAUGUCGUACCCCGUCAGCAAAGAGCUCAUGGAGAUUCAGAGGAAGGUGGUGGAGCGCCUGGAGGCCGACCUCGGAGUGGAAGUCCAAGAAGUGCGUUUCCCCGAGCUCCGCUACGGCUUCCAGAUCUGGAACACCUACCUAGGUCUUCCUGACAAAGACGGCAAGCCUCCUCAGCGGUUUGCUGAGCAACUCGGGGAACCGGGACGACCCGCGUGGCCUCUGUGGGAGCUGCUGAAAUGGGUGGUGGGGAAAUCACAUCAUACCAUGGCUGCUAUCGGUCUGGGCCUGCUGGAGAUGUGCAGUGCGUCCAAACCGUCGCCCUUCAUCAUCCAACAGAAGGAGAAGCUGCAGAAGGAGGUGGAGGAGCUGCUGGGGACUGACGGUGUUUGUCUGUUUCCUACGCACCCCAGAGUGGCUCCCAAACACCACCACCCGCUCUUCAGACCCUUUGACUUCACCUACACAGGUAUAAUCAACAUCCUGGGGCUGCCGGUCACCCAGUGCCCUCUGGGUCUGGGUGAGGAAGGUCUGCCUCUUGGCGUGCAGGUCAUUGCUGGGAAGCUGCAGGACCACCUGACCCUCGAGGUGGCUCUCUACCUGGAGAAGACGUUCGGAGGCUGGAGGGACCCCGGAGCCAAAUAAAACCCCAUACCAUUACCAGAUCUCCAGACCGGAGCCGGUUGAAGAUUGUCAGACUGACAGUCUGUCUGCCUGUAGUACACAAAUACCAAGAGGUACAAUCAGAUUGAUGACUAUUCAGGAUUGAGAUUGAUUUUUUUGCACUAAUGGAGGAAUCAGCUGCUCCAAUGAGUCCAAGUCGUGAUUUUAUAAUUUGCCCUGUUCAGUGGCCGUGAAGUCAUGAGCACAAGCUUUAAAUAAGGCUGAUUUUUAGUGGAAAUUAGUGGAUAUUCAAUUAAGCAUUCACAUCAUCGCACAAAGCAAACGCUUUUGUGCUGUUCAUACCUUCCUUUAAAGGAUGGCACAAUUAACUCUUUCUUAUUUUUGGAUCAACACCUGUACAGUUACAUGUGUAUCACUAACAGUAAACCUACUGUUGCUAUUGUAACACUCAGUCAGCACACGACAGGUUAAACGUCCUACACACUCAUACAGGUGUUUCUGAGUUUGCUUGUGUUACUUGACUCUAUGUAAAUUAAAGAAUCAUAAAGGUGGAAUUUGACCUGCGCCAACAGGUGCCAGUAGAGAGAUGACAGGUGUGUGUGGUCAGGUCAUGCUCAUAAAUCCAGUCAUCCAGAAUAAUGAAACACCUGUGUAGAUGUGUACUGGAAAUAUGUACUGGUUUUUAACGCAUUGGAGUCGGUACGGGACAGAAUCAUGCAGAACCUUAGCUGUGUGCUUGGUAAUGUGAAUGUUGCGUAGCUGCAGUGGUGCAGAGAUUGUGUUGCCUGUUUUAUGCUGCCUCUCAUUUGUUUCAGUUAAUUAAAAGAAAAGUCUGAAUCCUUCCUGUCGUUUGUAACUUGUGUAGCUGACUGUUAUUUGCAGCAGGUCUUUUAAGGACACUGCAAGGUCAGCUGGUCGAUGUUCUUUGGAAUGUGUGAGUUUGUUAAUGUCGAUAAUCAGACUGGCAACAGUUACAUUACAACCUUAAUGUAAACUGGUUGUCACUCACUACAGCAGAAAUAAACUAUAAAAGGACUUUGUCACCCUGAUUACAAACCAAUUAACCAUUAACUGGACAUUACACAUUUUCCUAAUUUAAAGGAAUAGUUUCACAUCUUAGAAAAUAUCUGUUUUCUGUUGGAGCCUUAAGAUGAGAGGAUUGAUACCACUGUUGAAUAUCUACAGUAAAUAAGCUUAGCUUAGCACAAAGACUGGAAAUGGGGGGAAACUGCUAGCUUGGCUUUCUCCAAAAGGUGACAAACCACCUACCAGCACCUGUAAAGCACACUAACACAUAAUGUGUGUACAAAAUAAGUGUCAAUACUUGUUUAUUGUGGCUGAUUGUGGCUGCCUUCAAAUGGUUAAAACACAGGAAGUCAUGUACAUGAUACAUGAUACGUUUGGCGUUCUCGUGGUUAAGUUGUGAAAACAUUGUAUCCUCGCUGUUCUCUUGUCGUUCUUCACUUAUUUCCAAGAAACUAUGACUUACUCCUCAGAAAUUAGAUAAUUAUGAAGAAAAUCUAUACAACUGAAACAACAAAAUAUUGACUUACUAUCCUCCAAAAAAAAUGAACUUUCAGCUUUUCAGUGAGCGCAUGCAGAAAACUUCCAAGUUCUUGAAUACCACAAGAGGGGAGGCGUUGAUAUGGACUCAAGUAAACACGACCCCAUUUGAAGGCAGCAUUUAUCUGUGGGACUAUUUCUUGGCUGAACUAUUCCUUUAAACUUGCCAGAUGACAGACAGUGAGUGUGACCACAAGGAUACCGUGAAGGAAGAGUAAAAAAGAUGAAAACUCCCCUGGAGUCUGCCGUCACUUUAUUUUCUUCCCUUCUUUUGAAAAAGGAUGGAAAAUUACUAAACAUCUCCCAGAAGGCUCCGAACAGAGCUCGACAGCAUUCACAAUUAUUCACCGCUCGUUUU